CCUUGGAAAGCAAAAAAAGGCCAAAUUGGAGGAGGGUAGGGAAGCUUCGGUCUCUUCGUUCGUCGUCAGUGGCGAUUCCCCCACCCCCCCUCCCUCCGGCCGCCAAAGGUCAGUGACGAUUUCCCUCCCUUCUCUCCCUCUCCUCCGCCAUCGUCCCCGCCGACGAUCCGUGCACGCCACGGCCCAACACAUACGGCCAAACCCUAGGUGUCAAUGCCAAUGCAAACAACCGACAAAACUGAUGCUGUGAAAUCUAUGCUUUCCGGAGAGAAUAGUGAAGGCUCAGAUGGAUCAAAGUCAUCGGACACAGUUGAGUGGGACCCAUGGGACCCUCCGCAUCCUCCUUGUCCUACUUUGCCACCCACAGCAAGCCUUAUGAGCCAAGUGGAAAUGGUCAAACAGCAUCAUUUUCAAGUACUGGCCGUACUUGCUGCUUCCAGGGCCACAAAUAUAAUUGCCCCAGACCGUACUCCUCAGGAGGUGCGCCGUAAAUUUGCUGAAAUAUGCAGUGAACUGGCGGACAUCCUUGAAAAGGACAGUGUUCGGAGAUUCCUCAACUUGUACAGAAGAAAUAUGCGUAUCAUGGGUUGGGGUCUGGUCAUCACAUCUCAAACAAUGGACUUCAUUGUUUCAUUCAAUGCCCUGCGUUGUGCUAAGGUUGUCUUGGAGGGCAAGGCACCUAAGCUUUGUCAGAUCCGUGCCAACCCCAACUACAUGACUAGCUAUGGGUACUUCCCCCUCCACAAAGCUGCUGAAAAAUUCUCAGUUGACAUGAUUAAGUUGCUGCUUUGUUAUGGUGCAUCGGCGAAUUUACGCACAUCAGGCCAAAAGGUCAUCGAGGGCCUCCUCCCACUCCAUGUUGCCAUUGAGAACACUUGCAUGCACAAGUAUCUGGAGGACAAUCUAUUAACUGACCGGAAGCUCAAGCAAGUGGAUCUUGACUUCAUCUACAAGCUCAUCCAUCUGCUUUGUCUGCCUGAGAUGAAGAUUUUCUUGGACACGACAAGACUGCUUGCAGAUAACACAGAUAAUAUUGUUGAUGAGCUAUGGAACUACAUCAAGGAGGGGAGGCUUGUCCAUGCUGCUAUUUUGCUCCUUGCAGCUCAACGAAAAAUUCGUACCUGUGCUUCCUCUAAUAGAAACAUCAGCUGUAACCUGAAUGGAUUUGAUAUUAUCAGGGAUCGUGUUAUGGGAUCCAUAGUUUCCAUAGAAAGGGAAGGGCGUGGAUUAACAAGUGGUAAAAAUAGCAAGGCACAUAAGCAGCUGGAGGAGAAGCGGAAAUUUUUUCAUAAUUCAUUGAUGCUCAUUUUUGUAAUUUCGAAAACCGGUGAAGCUCUUGAUGAGUAUAUCCAGUCUCAUUCAGAGGUCUCUCAUCAGGAGGUGCUUGAGGGUGUUUCAUCAAUUCUCGAUGAUCAUGGUUUUGCUCCUACUGGAAAAGGGAUCAGCAUAGGAGACCUGGAAUGCCGUCCCUAUGACUGCAAUGCGUCGAAUAGUGUGCCGAAGUGCAACUAUGAAGAUUCUGGUACGACCAAGGCAGUUGGAGAAUCUCCUAAUCUGAAUGUUAAAGCUAAAAAAGCUGUUGGAAAGCAAAUACAAAGUAGACGAGAACUUGAGCAAACGAGGAAAAUGUUCUUCCCACAUUGGAGAUCACUUUUAACAUCUCGAUAUACUGUAAAAGUAUUCCCAUUCUAUGCACACAUGAUGGAGCGUGAUCAUGUUUCAAAUCUUCAUAUGGCCGGUGGUACUGAGAAUGGAUUGAAGGAUAAAUGGUGUUCUCCAGUUGGCGUUAGUUUGUUGGGAAAACCACCACAACUAACAAGUACUAGUUAUCAAUCCAGAACCAGAAGGCUAUUUGGUACUGCUGCACUUACACUACUGAAGACCUUAAAGCGUGCAUGAGUUGGCAGGCAGGUGCUCAGUUUGUUGUGGAGCACGACCAUUUUCCCUGCGACGAGACAAGAACGUCGUUUGCCCGCAAUGGAUGUUAAUUUUGCUGGCCUGAUUCUGACCUCUCCAAGUGUUGGAUAUGUAUGUAGCAGUCGUGCUGAUGUGCUUUUGCUGCGUAUUAUGAUAUGUAGUGCUUGCUUCAAGUGUUCUGUUAUGAAGCUUGACAAUGGACCUGACAUGUUGGAACCUUAAAAGGUUAUCCUAUUUAAUUGUAGGGUCGAAUCGAGGAUACACAGCUCCAUUGGAUUUUACUGAACUCACCACUUGUAUGCUGAGAUAGCACACGACAAUUUUAUUUGUUAUCUAUGGCCGAAGUUGCAUAAUGAACCACAUCUUAAUUACCUCA